GGGCAGUUGUGUAACAUCCAGGCAGUGGUGUCGCGAAGCGUGAUAGCCUGCCAGGUGCCUCGCCCCAAGUCCUAUAUACGACUCCACCACACUCACUAUUUGCAAUAGUGUCUGUCAUUUUGUUGGUGGUCGUAAAAUGGUCUCAGCUAAGGGCAAGGAGAAGGUCUCCGCCGGCGACAAGGGCUCGGCGGGAAAGCGGAAGGCUGAUCCCGGCAGGGGAAAGGAUGAUGACAAGACCGGCAAAAGGCACAAGCGUGAUGUGCUGCAGUUCUUCGAAGACAGUGCGCACGAGGUCGGAGACGACGACGACGACUUCAGUGACGAUUCUGAUUUCAACGUCGAUGAUUUUAUCCAAGAAGAUUUAGGUGUUGAUGAGGGAGUCCAGAAUGAACAUGUUAAGCGCCCUGUUUUCCCUCUAGUACCUAAAGAAGAGGAGAUGGAUGAAGAGGAGCUAGAGAAAAUGUUGAGAGAGCGUUACAAGCCUAGUUCUAGUUUUGUUAGAUAUGCAGAAGAUGGCUAUGAAAGGAAAGGAUUUAUCGAUGAGGACAUAUCUGUUCCCUCCUCCACGGACCCUACUAUUUGGAAAGUCAAAUGCACGGUUGGACGUGAAAGGCAUUCAGCUUUCUGCCUUAUGCAGAAAUAUGUAGACUUGCAUGCUCUGGGAACAAAAAUUCAGACAAUCUCUGUUUAUGCUCCUGAUCACGUGAAGGGCUUUGUUUAUAUUGAAGCUGAGAAACAGCGUGAUGUUAUCGAGGCUUGUAAAGGGCUUGCUAGUAUAUAUUGCAGUCGGAUGGCUCAAGUUCCAAGGAAUGAAAUCUCUCAACUCUUCUCUGUACGGAGCAAGUGCCAUGGAAUUUCUAAGGGCAUGUGGGCUCGUGUCAAGAGCGGAAGGUAUAAAGGAGAUCUAGCGCAGGUUGUUGCAGUGAGUGACAGACAGGCAAAAGUCACUGUCACUGUGAAAUUGAUUCCAAGAAUAGACUUGCAAGCACUGGCUGAUAAAUUUGGCGGGGGAGUUGCUGCCAAGAAGGCUUCCAUUCCAACAGCAAGAUUUAUCAGUUCUACUGAGCUUGAGGAUUUCCGCCCUCUCAUCACAUACCGUAAGGAUCGUGAUACAAAUGAGAUGUAUGAAGUUCUUGAUGGAAAGAUGCUUAAAGAAGGCUAUUUAUAUAAGAAGAUGUCUGUUGACUCUUUGUGCCUUUGGGGUGUAAUGCCUUCUGAAGCUGAGCUCCUGAAGUUUGAACCUCCUAAGAAAAAUGUGCCACAGGACACCGAGUGGCUUUCCCAGCUAUAUGGCGAGAGCACGAGAAAGCAGAAAAUUAAGAAUGACAAAGGGUCUGGGAAAGGCGGUGAGAAGGGAGAGUGUUCAUCGAGCUCUGGCAACUUAAACAGUUUUGAAGUAGACGAUCUAGUGUUCUUUGGCCGUAAGGAUUUUGGCAUCAUUGUUGGCACUGAGAAGGAGAAUGUGUAUAAAAUCAUCAAAGAAGGUUCAGAGGGGCCAGCACUUGUAACCCUUCAACUUCGUGAACUAAGAGCCGCAUGCUUCGAUAGAAAGUUGUUUACUGUAAAAGACCGAAAUCAGAAUACAAUCUCCAUAAAUAAUGUUGUACGGGUUUUGGAUGGUCCAUCAAAGGAUAGACAAGGAACUGUCAAACAAAUCUAUAAAGGAGUCAUCUUUUUGUAUGAUGAGUUGGGCGAGGAACAUAAUCGCUAUGUCUGCGUUAAAGCUCAGAUGUGUGAAAAAAUUUCCUGCAAUGAUGUUUUAUUGUCUGGCAAGGAAAAUGAGGCCGGGCCAUCAUCUGCUUUUGAUGAUUCUCCAUCAUCUCCAAAUACUCCUUUGUCUCCUAAGAAACCUUGCCGGGGGAGGGAUGUUAACAGCAAUUUUCAUCGCGAGGAUAAAGAUGGACUGUUCUCUGUUGGCCAGUCGGUAAGAAUACGAGUAGGUCCUUUGAAGGGUUACAUCUGCCGCGUCUUAGCUGUACGCCAAACUGAUGUGACUGUGAAACUUGAUUCUCGGCAACAGAUUCUUACAGUUAAAAGUGAGCACCUGUCUGAGGUUCACGGAAAGUCUUCUAACAUUUCUUUGAGUAGCACUGAUCCAGAGGGUUCUAGACCAUUUGAUCUGUUUGGAGCACAAGAUGGUUCAAGAGAUUGGGCUGAUGGUGGGAUUCAAGCGGCACAAGAUGAUAGUUGGAAUGCAGGAUUAUCAUCUAAUGGAAGGAACUCCUGGCCUUCUUUCCCUUCAUCGAGCUUACCAACUGUACAAGACCCUAAUACCAGUUCUCUCACUGCAGUUGAUGUUAAUAAAGAAGAUACUGGGAGUUCUGCUUGGGAAAUAGGGACAAGUCAAAGUAAAGAUGCUGGGCAAGGUAGUGGCUGGGGAGGAAGUGAUAGUUGGAAAAAAGUUGCUUCUACUUCAGUGGCUGGAACCUCUGGUUCUGACAGUUGGGGUAAAACUUCUGAAGCAUGUGAGGGAAGCAUAGUCAAGAAUGAUGGUUCCAGCUGGGGUGCUGCAGCAAAGAAUGAAGGCCCAAGCGAAGGAUGGGGCAACAAAGUGCAGAGCGAAAGAAAUGAUGGGCCUAGUUGGGGAAAUUCUGCGAGUUCUCAAGGUAAAGGCACUACCGUUGCAAACAAUGAUGCUUGGGUCAGUAAGGGAGCAGCUUCUAGCUCUUUACCUGGUCCAGUGAGUGAAAGCGGUGGAUGGGGUAGUGCAGGCAUUUCGCAGGACGGUGGAUCCCAAUGGGGGAAACAAGAUAAUAAGGUACAGCAAGAUGUGGGAUCUUCUUGGGGCAAUAAGAAGGAAGAUGAAUCAUCAUGGGCAGCACAGGGUGGAGGGUCAUCUUUGGGCCAACAUGAUGGUAAGGGGCAAGAUGUGGGAUCUGCUUGGUCCAGCAAGGAGGAGAAAUCCUCCUGGGGAAAACAAGGAGGAUCAUCUUGGGGCCAACAGGAGAGUAAGGUACCCAAUAUUUCUGGUGGAGGUGAGGAUGGUGGGUCAUCUUGGGGAAAAAAGAAUGGCGGUGGUUCGGUAGGAAAACAAGAUGUGGGAUCUUCCUGGAAUAAUAAGGAAGAUAAAUCCUCAUGGGGAAAGCAAGGCGGAGGAUCUUCCUGGGGUCAACAAGACAGUAAGGAGGCACAUAAUAGUAGUUCUGUUGGGGGCGGAUCCUCUUGGGGAAAGCAGGAUGGUGGUGGCUCAUGGAAUAAACAAGACGGUGGUGGAUCCUCUUUUGGAAAGCAGGAUGGUGGCGGCUCAUGGAGUAAACAAGACAGUGGCGGAUCCUCUUGGGGAAAGCAGGAUGGUGGCAGCUCUUGGAGUAAACAAGACGGUGGUGGAUCCUCUUUUGGAAAGCAGGAUGGUGGCGGCUCAUGGAGUAAACAAGACGGUGGCGGAUCCACUUGGGGAAAGCAGGAUGGUGGCGGCUCUUGGAGUAAACAAGACGGUGGUGGAUCCUCUUUUGGAAAGCAGGAUGGUGGUGGCUCAUGGAGUAAACAAGACGGCGGCGGAUACUCUUGGGGAAAGCAGGAUGGUGGUGGCUCAUGGAGUAAACAAGAAGGUCAAUCUUCUGGUGAUGGACCACAUCAACAAGGAAGUUGGGGGAGCGGUGGGGGGGCUUCUGAUGGGGGCCGUGGUGGUGGAAGAAGAGGAAGGGGCAGGGGACGAGACAGUUUUGGUAGGGGUGGAGGUAGAGGAAGGUCUUUUGAUCAUGGAGGUGAGUCAAAUAGCUGGGGUAAGGACACUGAAGGUAAUUUCGGGUCAGGAUUUGCUGCUGCUGGGGGGCUGCCAUCGAAUAGUUGGAAGAGUGAAAGUUCUUGGGGUAGGACAUCUGAUGGAAGCAAAAAGGAUGAUUGGGGGAAUCUAAAUGCAUCUAGCAGGGAUGAUAAUAGCUCUGGAAAGAAUCCCCAAGGUUGGGGUGUAGUGAAAGAUGCUGAAUGUGGUGGUUCAAGCUGGAAAAGCCAAUCAGAAAAGCAGGAAGGAUGGGGUUCUGCUGCCGCUGGAGAAUGCAGUUGGAAGAGCUCCCAAGAAAGCUCUUGGGGAAAGGUAAAAUCAACUGAUGAAAACAAAACAGAUGAUUGGGGUAGUAAACAAGAUGUAGCAGGUGAGAAAUGGAACAGCAAAGCAGGAUCAAGCUUGGGUUGGAAAAGUGACCAAUCUGAAAAACCCGAUGAUAACAAAGAUGGUGCUGCUUGUAAUAAUAAACAAGCUGAUUGGCAGAGUGGAGGAGGAUGGAAUGCUGCCAAACCUUCUGCUGGUGAAAGCCAGCCAUCUAGUUGGACCAAGAAACCAAUUGUGGACAAAGGAACAGAUGAUACCAAUGAAGUUGGUGGUGGGUGGAAUGCAACAGGUAAAGGAAGUGGUUCUGAAACAAAACAGUCGUCAGGAUGGAACAAUAAAAGUUCCAAUGAGAGUUCGGCAGUUGGUUGGGGGAGUAGUGGAAACCAGUCAUCUGGGUGGAAGAGUGAAAGUAACUGGAACUCAGGAGGCAGUGGCUUUGGCGGCGGGAAUGAACAUCAAGAUGACAG